AUGUAUCACAUCCAGGUCCGUUACGGGGGCGCCUGGUCACAAGUCGCUGGCUACACAGGUGGCAUUUUCCAUGAGAUUGAGCUGUUUGAUGGCGAGUUCAUCGUUCAAAUCUCCGGCAAGUACGCUCACUACAUCCAGUCUAUUGUGAUUGUCACCAACAGGGGGCGCUCCAUCACUGCUGGACAGCCAUCUGGAACUACCUUCAACAUGUACCCCAUCCAUCCAAUGGCCGAGCUCCGAUUCCUGAGUGGCCACUACCACGGCGGCCUCACCUCUAUCGCCACCCACUGGGCAGUGCUCCCCAUGGCCAUGAAAGGCCCUUCUGAUUAA